AUGGAAGUUGUGGGAGAAGUAGAUGGGUUGAAGGUCUAUUCAGAUGGCUCUCUGCAGUGUCAUGAAAGUCCCACACUGCCUGCAUCUUCACAUUUCACUGACGGCGUUGCUUCCAAGGACGUCGUUAUAAAUCCGGAAACCGGCGUCUGGGCUCGCAUAUUCAGGCCGGAAACCCCUGCUCAAAACUUGCCUUUACUGAUCUAUUUUCAUGGAGGAGCGUUCUUAUGCGGUUCCACAAAGGACGAAAAAACUGUCAAUUUUCUUUGCAUGUUGUGCAAGAACGCCAGCGUAAUGAUUGUGUCGGUGGAUUACAGGCUGGCGCCGGAGUACCGGCUCCCAGCGGCGUACGAUGACUGUACGGAGGCAGUGAAAUGGACCGCGAAGUCGCCGGAUGAGUGGCUGUCGCCUGCCGUCGUGGAUUUGAAGCGGUGUUUUUUGGGCGGAGUGAGCGCCGGAGCAAAUAUCGUUCACAACGUCGGACUGCGGGUUGCUGGCGUGGACAUGAGUCCGUUGGUGGUGAAGGGAAUGAUCUGUAUUCACCCCUUCUUUGGGGGUGAGAAAAAGCUCUCCAAUGAGAGGAUAAUGUUUUUUAAAGCGUGCAAAGCCAUCUGGAGUAAGGUUCUCCCACUGGAUAACACUAAAGGAAUGGAUCAUCCAUUCUGUAAUCCGACGGUUUCGACCCUGAAGCCUGAAUUGAAAUUACCGCCGGUUUUGGUAGCCCUUGCAGGAAAGGAUGAACUCCAAUGGAGAGGGGAGAUGUUUUAUAACUAUCUCAAGAAAAGCGGGAAGGAGGUGGAAUGGACGAUGAAGGAAAAUGCAACCCAUGUUGAUUACAUUUGUCAUAUACCCGCUAUUACCGAUUUCAUUAAACGCCAUUCAUUCACUUGUCAUGAUGUUAAAUUAUCCAUAGUAUGGUAG